AUGCGCACGCCGCUGGCUUUCUCCGGAAAGGCCUGGCAUGGGCCGGGAAACGGAGCUCUGUUUUCCCAAAUACUGUCGCGCAUCUCGACGAUUACUCCAGCGACAUCGAGAUCGUUCGCUUCAAGUCCGAUAUCCAAGCCCUCGUUAUAUAGAGGGUCGCCAAAUACCGCCGCAGCAUAUAUUUUCCCCCCGCCGUCAAUACUCGGAUCCGCAACUGCGGGCACUAUCCGCCACCAUGGCAUACAACAAUCAAUUCGAAUGUUCACCGUGUCGCGGUUAUUGGCCGAGGUUACUAGCAAUACAAAACCUUUAAGACAGCGCAAGUCUUACAGGGAUGAGAUCAAGGAAAAGGGCAUUGUGGACGUGGAAGAGCACGAUGGCGAGGCCGAGGCCGAGGAACAAGGCUUCGCAAAGUCGGAAAAGGCAACACAAGCAAAACAAGUCAACCUAAGUGCGAAGCUCAGUAAGGAUGGCUCGGGCUCGGGAGGCACACCGGGUGGUAUGAAGGAAAUUUGGAGGUUGAUCAAGAUCGCCCGUCCCGAAUUGGGGACGCUCUCUUGGGCAUUCCUAUUCUUGAUUAUCGGAUCUGGUAUCUCUCUAUCUGUACCCUUCUCAAUUGGUAAAAUCCUGGACGCCGCAACUUCGACCGAGAAUACCGACGGACUGCUCUUCGGAAUGACCCCCGCUGUCUUCUACUUCGCUCUAGCCGGUGUCCUGACAACAGGCGCUGCUUUCAACUUUGGUCGUAUCAUCAUUUUACGAAUCGUCGGAGAGCGUAUCGUUGCACGUCUACGAUCGCAGCUGUACCGCAAAACCUUUGUCCAAAACGCCGAGUUCUUUGACGCAAACAGGGUUGGAGACCUCAUCUCCCGCCUUGGUUCCGAUACUAUUAUUGUUGGAAAGAGCAUUACACAGAACUUGUCGGAUGGGCUGCGUGCGCUAGUCAGCGGUGCAGCUGGUUUCGCCAUGAUGGGUUUCGUCAGUCUCAAGCUUACCGGUAUUCUCGCUUUGAUCGCUCCACCUGUAGCACUCGUCGCCUUCUUCUCGGGUCGAUCUUUACGGAACCUCAGUCGAAAGAUUCAAAAGAACCUGGGAACCCUGACCAAGAUCGCUGAAGAGCGAUUGGGCAACGUCAGGACCAGUCAAGCCUUUGCUGGUGAGGUUCAAGAAGCGUCGCGUUAUAAUCGUCAGAUCAAGAGGAUAUUCGCCCUAGGAAAGAAAGAAGCUGUAGUAGCUGCCACUUUCUACGGCAGUACAGGACUCAUGGGUAACUUGACAAUCAUUUCUAUCCUUUACGUUGGUAGCAACAUGGUUAAGAACGGUGUCAUCUCUAUUGGUGAGCUUUCAUCGUUCUUGAUGUACACCGUUUACGCCGGUUCAAGUAUGGUUGGUUUGUCUGGUUUCUACGGUGAAAUGAUGAAGGGCGUCGGAGCUGCCAGUCGUCUCUUUGAGCUUCAAGAUCGCAAUCCGACUAUCUCGCCGACCAAGGGUCUACCAGUCAAGUCGGCACGCGGCCCAAUUGAGUUCAAGAACGUAUCCUUCAGCUAUCCCACCAGACCAGCUGUUACGAUUUUCAAGGACCUGAACUUCAAGAUCGAACAGGGUACCAAUGUCGCUAUUGUAGCCCCUAGCGGAGCUGGAAAGUCUACAGUCGCCAGCCUGCUUUUGCGCUUCUACGUUCCGAACACAGGUACCAUUACGAUUGAUGGGAGAGAUAUUACCACCUUGAACGCGAAGCAAUUGAGGAGAAAGAUCGGUUAUGUCGGUCAGGAGCCUGUGUUGUUCUCCGGAACCAUCGCAGAAAACAUCGCAUAUGGUGUACCCAACGCCACUCGCGCCGAGAUAGUGGCUGCUGCGCGAAAGGCUAACUGCCAGUUCAUCAGCGACUUCCCCGACGGCCUUGAGACCCACGCUGGUGCACGGGGUACACAACUCUCCGGUGGACAAAAGCAACGCAUUGCUAUUGCACGAGCACUGAUCAAAAAGCCCGAUAUUCUCAUCCUCGACGAAGCUACCAGUGCCCUUGACGCAGAGUCCGAGACUCUUGUCAACCAAGCUCUGAAUAAGCUUCUCCAGGAAAACAACACUACUAUUAGCAUUGCCCAUCGUCUGUCGACCAUCAAGCGCUCCGAUCGCAUCAUUUGCAUCGACUCUGAUGGCAGAGUAGCCGAGGAAGGCACCUACGAGCAGCUCAGCUCCAACCCAGAGGGCGCCUUCAACAAGCUUAUGGAGUGGCAAAUGAGCGGAGGCGAUGUUCCUGCAAAGGAUGUCAAGGCGCCGCAGCCCACUGAUGAGGAGGACAUCCAACGAGAGCUCGAUGAAGAGAAGGACGAGGUUGCGGCCCGCAAUCGUGGCUAG